AAUUAAUAAAACACAAUUAUCACAAGUAGGAUGUGAGUGACUAUAGCAGAUUAAUACACAUCACAGCUUUAGUUUUGUGCCGUGGAAUAAAUUUGUCUUAGUUGAUUUUCACGUAGUUCUUAAAAAUAAAAAAAAUAGGGCAUGAAUGGUAGAGGGAAAGACUAUCACACCCAUUAUGAGAACGUGCUGAGCUUUUCAUAGAAAUCGAUCUAUGUAUAACCACUAGUAUGCGCUCGAGAAUUGUCCCGCAGACGGUUUAAAUAGCCAAGAGUGGAUGCACUAAUCACUGAACACAGGCGCAAUGCUGAGAGUACGAGAUAACGGUCCACAACGCGGCAGGAAUUAAACUUUAACGGAGUUCGGUUUGCUUCAAUAGAUUUAACAGACAUUGAGAAUCAAGGACAUUUCAACAAUUUAAAGAUUCGAUUUUCCACUGUUCAUGUAUUUUGUCUAUUUUUCAUCAACCCCCAUUUUAGUAGCCUUUAUUAUCAAUCAUAAUUUCAUCGGAAUACCAUGACGAGCUCUGCGGUUCAACUUCCCGGUUAUGCUCUUGCUUUGAUCGGUCUUGUUGGCUCAGCGAUUGCCACCACUAUGGUGGAGUGGAAAAGGCACUCUUACACAGAGAGCACGAUAACAUCAAAGGAAACGUACCUGGGGUUAUGGAUGUCAUGCACCGUCGACGCCACAAGACACACGAUGUGCGUCAAUUACAAGUCACUCUUUCACCUGCCAGCGGAGAUUCUGACCACCCGAGUGGUGAUGAUCCUCAGUGUCCUGUUGUCAGCCAUUGGGGUGCUGGUAGCCACGCUGGGGAUGAGAUGCACUCGAUGCCUGGAGGAGGAUGAAAAGCAGAAGGAUAGAGUUGCCAUUGUUGGAGGAUUCCUCUUCACCAUUGCAGGUGUUCUGGCCAUAUCGGUAACCUCCUGGUUUGCCAACGCCAUCAUCCAGUCCUUUGAAUUCUCAGACUCACCUACUUCCUUACAUAACAGGUUUGAGUUUGGCAACGCUGUGCUGGUGAGCUGGGGUGCAGGUAUCUGCUCUGUGGUGGGCGGAUUUCUCCUGGGCUGCAGGUAUCUGUGGAGUUGUCCCCAGGGCUCACGCUCCGUCUCAUCCUUCACCCAACGCAAAGUCAUUCCUGGCACCAGGCCUGGCACCAGGCCUGGCACCCACUAUGUUUAAUGGGCCACACUAUGCCUAGAGGACGCCCAAGGAAGCUCAAUUCGUUGAGGCUUAAACCAGAGAGCCUACUACUCACACUGAAGGACUACAGUAGAGCAGAAUACGUGUAGUUACUCAAGUACUCUACUGUGUGUGACUCGCCUACAUUAUGAUUGUGAGAGUUCAUUUGGGAGGUUUGUGUGCUCCAUGAAAGUAUUUUUGUUAUUAAUUGUGUUUGGAUGUGUGAAGAUGGUUGGCUGUAGUCAUGAUGUGUAACACCUGCCAUAUCUCUGUUUUCAACCUCAUGUCAAGUUCCUCCACUAAAGGAAUUUUCAAAUAUAGCCAAUGUAGCUACCAUUUCAUUAUAUACCAUCACCAAUGUACAGUGCUGCAGAGUAGUGUUCCUAUGACUCUCAAAAUGUACAGGGGGAAAUAAGCAGGAAAUCCGGAAUCCCCUAACAAGGGCUUCUGGGAAAGCUAGGAAUUCUGGUAAUGUUACUGGAACUGUGCAACUCUACUGCAGAGUAAGCUUCCAUAAAUAUCAGCUUGAUUGAACUGUGCCUGAUUGUGUUUUGUUUGGGGCCAACAGAUUAGAAUACACCUUCCAUUUAAAUGAUUUUCACUUUUCACCAAGGGAAAGUAUUGGUUUGGACAUGCAGAUGUGCAAUCUGUGCCGUAGGUCAACCACCUGUAUGCACAUGACAAGAAACUUUAUUUAUUCAAAUUUCUUCACAUUUGUACAUUUGAAACGUGCAAUUUAGAGUGUACUGUACUGCAAUUUUCCCUUAAUUUAGUACUUGAUCACGUGCUAUAUAUGGUAAACUUGUCAUAAAUCUGCUGUUAUUAUUAUCAAGAUGAAUUUGCAUAAAGAUACUUCAUUAGAUAAAGAUA